CUUCGAAGUCACCACUCAUUCAAGCUGUAAAGGUACUAGUCAAUGGCAGUGUGUUCUUCGAUUUUUUACCUGCUGAAGAUGUGGAUCUAGUUUCGAACUACACUGUUGAAUACCGAGAUGUGACGAGUGGUGAAGCAAAUUGGAGUCAUUUCGAUUUCGAAUCGGAUGCGUCAAGUCGAGUGCUGCUCACCAGCCUUCUACCCAACAGGACUUAUGAGGCCCGUCUGUUCAUGAACGGUCACGUCAUUCAUGGACGUCGCUCACGGACGGUCACAUUCACCACGAACAACACUGGUAUGAUUACUGUCUUACGCCUUUCGAUUUCCGACUUCCGAU